CUCGCCAGCUCCAUGUAUUACGAUGAGGACGGGGAUCUCGCCCACGAGUUCUACGAGGAGACAAUCGUUACAAAGAAUGGGAGGAAGCGUGCCAAGCUGAAGAGGAUCCACAAGAACCUGAUACCUCAGGGCAUAGUGAAACUAGAGCACCCUCGCAUUCACGUGGAUUUCCCGGUGAUCAUCUGCGAGGUGUGAGUUGCCAGACGUUGCUGCCUGUGGGUGGGAGGCCCUGCCCCACCACCCCCAGCCUCACCAGGCGAGGCUGCGUCGUGUUCCCACCCAAGGAGGACUCUGGGCGCGGCGGGGACGGCGGCUCUCCCCUCGCCCAGAGGUGAGGCGGGACGGAGCGGGCAGGGCUGGGCUUGGCUAGCCCUCCUCGCAGGAGAUGGGUGACCUUGUGCAACGACUGCUUACAAACAUCCUCGCUUGAGUCAGAAGACUAAAAUACCUUUUGUAGCCUCUAGCCGACAUUUGAUGGGUAACUGGAACUGCAAACGAGCUGCUGUGUGUGAGCUGUUAAAGGGAGAGCGAGCCUGCACUUCUCACCAGACAAAAUCCCCUGCUUCUCAGGUAUGCAGCCCAGGGAGAGCCAGGGCAAGGUAACGCGCUGCCCGGGGCCCCGAGAUCCCUCGGGCCCGAUGGUUAGAUGGCCAGUGUUGCGGCAUGUCGCUUGACACAGGUGUUACGUGAUGCUCCCCGGGGCAGGUCUGUUGAUGGAGGAUGAAGGCUAAGGGGGGGCCUGGUCUUGAAGCACGUCCAGCUGGCUGCUGCGCUCCUCUUGGGAAGGGGAUGGAGAUCAGAUGCCGCUGUCUUGGACCUCAGUCUCUUCCUCCUGUGCGUUUCCCUGCUUAUGCUGGCUCUGGGCAGGUUGGCUUCGCUGCUGCCCGCAGUCCCUCUGCCCACAGGAGAUCUCUGCAGUCCGUGGCCACUGCUGGCGGCAGCGAGGUCCCCAGCGCUGCAGCGGACUCGCCUCCCCCGUUAGCAAGCUGGCUCCUGCCGAGCACAGUCCCUCACCCGCUGCGGGGCCAGGCUGCUGGGCAAGGCGUCUCCUCGUAACGUCCUCACCCCCCGCUCCCGUCUUGAACGUACCUCCCGGUGGGGUGGGCCUUGACAGAGCCGAGCAGGAAGGAAAUCAUUUCUUCCCUCCCCGUCCCCCGAAAACAAUCGAUCGGUGUGCCUGCCCCGGCUUGGAAAUCUCCCUGGCGAUGUGAACUAGGGUUCCUCCCGUGUCCCAGCUGGCAGCAGGAGGAGAAACGUGAUGCACUUUAAAGGGAGGCUUUCUGCUCUGUCUCAGAAGGUCCUGCUCUUUUCUCCUCUUUCCUCCCGCUUGAGAAGGUCGAGGUCACCUUGGCAGCACCGAAAAACCUCUCACCCCUGCGUGCAGGCCGCGAGUCAGCUGCUGCAGGGCCGGGGAAGGGCCUGACCUGUACCGCCCCUCGCCAGCACUAGGAGCCACUGCCUCCCUGCUCGGCCGGCCCCGGCCCCGGAGGGCAGAGGAGGACCGGCUGCGGGGCAGCGGGCGCAGCUUUAAACUGGGUCAGAGCCUGCUCCCCACAGCAGCCGGCUCGGCUUUCCUCCUCUUUCGUUCCAGAACUUAUUUACUUUCUAAGCACUUCAGACGUUUGCUACCUCGAUUUUUAAUUUAAGCCGCUGGCACUUGGCUGCCAGCCCUGUCGGUGUCUACGUUGGAUGUAUCCAUCCCCGCGCCCUCUGAGAGCCGCCCGGGCGCGGGGCCACAUUCCCGGCUUCGGGGAGAUAACAGCGGCGUGGCUGUUGCUGUCUUCCUGUCACCACCUCUUCCCUCUGCGUCCCCCCCACCCGCUGUUCCCGUCGACAGGAGCGAGCACGGAGGGUGAAGCACGGAGGGUGAAGCGGAUGUGCUGGCUGCCGCCGGGCAGGGAAGCGGGCAGGGCUGGGCAGGGCUCCGGCAGGGAGCUCGUCUACACUGUGAUGCUGGGCGCUUCUUUCGACAUCUUUUGUUCUCCUGCUUGCUUGAAAGAGUCUUGUCUUAAAACAAUCCCCCACUGAAGUGUUUCUUAUUCGCACCGCCUGCUCUCGAGUUUGUCCCGGGCCGGAUCUCCCUGGGAAGGGCAUCCCUCGGGCCCCGCAGGAGAGCAGGGACUGCUGUCCCCAGGAAGAGGAGAGAAAGCUGCGGCCGGGCUGCCUGCGCCCCCUCGCCCUGCUGCUGUCUGAGGGCGCGGGAAGCUGCACCGAACCCGCCUCGGGUACAGGGGAAGGCGGAGGAGGAGUGGGGAGGGGGCCGGUGCUGUUUGCCUGCCCCAACGGGGAGCCCCUCGCCUGGCUACCGGCCAAAAAUCUGCUGACAAGGCAGGGGCUGAACCCCGGGGGGGGUAGAGACCGAGACGGGCUUAGCAAGGAUGCUUUUGUCCUCUCUGACAGGCUGCUCACCCUUCCCCCAGGGCGUUAAACAUGCUUUCCCCCAAAAAACACGCCUUCUCCCCACCACCACCACCCGGCCCCCUGUCACCGGAGCGGCAGCGACCCUCUGCAGGCUGCCAACAAGCUGCGUCCUGCCCCGCUUCUUCCCAGGCUGGUCCCCCGAGCCGCCAGCCCCCGGGCCUCCUCCACUCCGCCGGCCUCCAGCCCUCCUGCAGCAACAGGGCCUUGGGAGCACCUGGAGGGAUCUUAAAAAUGUGAAGGUUGCUGUAAAUAGUAUCUGUGUCCACUGUGGUGUUGGAGCAAGCAAAAAAAAGAAAAGUUUUCCUUUUUUUUUUUUUUUUUUUUGACCUGUGCGACGUUGUGCUUUCCCGUGUGGAUGUGUAGCCGAACCGUACUCACUGACACUAGGCUCCUUGCUCCUCAAGUGUGUGGGUAGGACCCAUGGGUUUGGGAAACGUACACUAUUUAUGGUCCUUCCUCCCAGUGCAUCUGUCCACUUUUGCUAAAUUUCAAUAAAAUUAUUUGUAGAGCCCGC